AUGGUAUUCUCUGUACUUUCUUUGUCUAUUCGUAACUCUGAUGUGUGCGAGUGCUGUUACUUUAUUGUUAUGAUAAUUAAAUUAGUUGCUGGUGUUGAAUCAACUCUUGGAGGAUGGAAAAACUCUUCCCAGGCAGAAAAGAGCAAGCUUGAGCCAAGUGGGCCUCUCUAUGGCCAUGACUAUUUUCCUGGUGAUGAUGACUAUGACUAUACGAAGCCGCGUUCGAACACUCUAUUCUCUCCUCCUCUAUUGUCUCCUCUUACCAUAAUACUUGAAAGCGAGAAGACGCUGGAGGAGAUCUCGGAUAUGGUCCGCCACCUCGUAAAUGAACAUCCCGAACUCAUCCCAUCAGCAAAACAACUUCUGGAGGCCCUUGAUUGUGAUUGUGAUGAAAACAAGCCUGCUCAAAAAGCGAUGGAGCUUUUGAAAAACGAACACGUUCUCCAAGGUUUUGUGAAAAAAUUUGCUGAGGGUUAUGCUCUUCUCUUGGAUGUACACACGCUGGCAGAUGAUGUGCUGGAGGGCAUAACAGUUGCUGAUAGGGUGGCUCUUAUUAGACGAGAUCCCUCGUUGGAUGCAUGUGUCUCGGCCAAAGAGGACGUGGAUAUAAUGAGGGGAGCCUUGUGCAUUUUAGUCGGCUACUGGAUUGAUCACAGACUGGACACAUGGUUUUAUGAACAGUCUACAAACCUCUUGGCAAAUGAGCAGCGAUAUACAAAUCCGAUGCCGUAUUAGGGCUACAAAUAAGAUGUCUCAGAUGGGGUUGGCUUGGCUUGGCUGUGGGUGUUUAAUUUAUGCUUUUUGUGUUGUGUAGUUGGGCAUACCAACUCUUUUGACAUAUAUGUUCUGCAUUACCACUUGAGAUGCGGUAGCUGAAUAUUCUGAAUCCUUGUGGAUAGAUACCACUUCAGAUGCAAUUUAUUUAAUCAAUACAGGCGCAUGCCAUUUAGUAUUUAUUUCAUGUUCUUGUCAAAAAAAAAUUGAAUGUUUAUUUGAUCUUGAGUCGAGUAUAUUUGGGUUCUGUUUUAGAAUUUCCCAGUCCAUUAUGUUGUGUUUGCCCGCUUUGUUGUUGUUGCUUUUUUUUGAUCUUUUUCUU